UUGUCACUGUAAACGUGGAAUUUCUCAUUAAAGCAAGCCGGGAAAAGCCUCUCGAUCGCUCGCCUUUAUAAACUAGUGCGCCACCAAGAAGAGCCUUCAAUAAUUGACACAGCGCAGAGCUCUCCAUCUCCUUCCACCUUCCUUGGCAGCAGGUCCGGCGAGGGAAUGGAUGCACCACCAAUUGGAACAGGCGACGACUCGCAGGUGCCGGCCAGGGACUGGUCGGAGCUGCCGCUGGACGCCCUCGCGUCGGUCUUCGUCAAGCUCGGCGCCAUCGAGAUCCUGAUGGGCGCGGGCCUCGUGUGCCGCUCCUGGCUCCACGCCGCCAAGCUGCCCGACCUGUGGCGAUCCGUCGACAUGGCGCGCCACAAGGUGGUGGACGACAUCUUCGACAUAUUUGGCGUCUCUCCUGUGGAACCAAAGAUCAACUGUGACGUCCUGUGCGCCAUGGCAAGGGUCGCCGUAGACCGCUCCCGUGGGCAGCUGGAGGUGUUCGUGGCCAAGCGGUUCGUUACCGAUCAACUCCUGGAGUACAUCGGCGACAGGUCACCGGCUCUGAAGGCCGUCGUCCUCGUGUCGUGCUGCGGCGUCUCCAACCAAGGGUUCACGCAACUGGUGGCCAGGUGCCCUCUGCUAGAGGACCUCAUGCUUGUGUUCUGCCCCAAGAUCGGCGGCCGCGACGUCUACGAGGCUACCGGCCGGGCAUGCCCACAGCUCAAGCGCUUCAGGCUGAAAAAGAGGGCAUUCUGCUUCUCCGCUGGUAAGUCUGGCGGGGAAGUGCUCGGGUUUGCGGCGAUGCACGAGCUGCGGACCCUCGCCCUCGCCGGCAGCGCCGUCACCAACGACGAGCUCGCCUCUGUCCUCGACGGCUGCCCUCGCCUGGAGAGUCUCGACCUGCGUGACUGCUUCAACAUCGUCGCCGACGACGCGCUGCGGGCGAGGUGCGCCGGGAUUGAGUCGCUGGUGCUUCCUCCCCUUCGUCUCGAGGUUGAUGAUGAGGACUACGAGUACGAAACUCUCUGCUCCCGUGAUGUCGACUUCGGCGGCGACUCCGACUGAGAGAUGUGAUCCUUAGCCUUAGUACUGCUGCUGUGUUUUCUGGGUCCGAAUCUUGGUGGGUGCUUUGGUUGGAGGACAAGUGGUGCUUUCCGUUUCGCUUUAGCUUUUGCUCAUCUUUUGGUCGUGUGUGGCCUGCAUUUUUGCAUUUUGCGAAAGAGCAAAAAAGGAAAAGGAGAAGGUGGACGACUCUCUGUCCACUUCUUCCGUCGGUGCUUGUUUCCGCGGAGCAACUGUGCGGCUCAUAUGCAACACAAGGGUAUGAAAAGGAUGAAAUGAUGGUAAUCAGUCCACAAAAUUAUGUUC